AAUGGCAAUGACUAUACCUUUAUUGUGGAACUAGCCGCUCGAACUGAUCCGAAGCGGAGAUAUGUUAUUAUUGUUGAAUACUGGGCAAGUGGCAUAACCAUUAUAAAUAAGAUGACUACCACAGUUAAGAAACUUCGGUGGCCCAUCAAUCUAGCAUAUGCUAUAGAGCUUGUGCAGUGCAGACAAUUUGGGCUGAACUCCAAGUUAUACAAGCUCCUGGACGCGUAUGGCAAUACUAUUCCAAUAAGAGAAAUUGUUUAUAUUUCUCACUUUACCAGUUUAUGGGUGAGUGAGGCUGAGAAUAACUUGGACAGG